AUUAAAAUGAUACACAGUGAAACCCUGUUUUUCGAUGCUGCUGAGAGGCAGCAGAAGCUCACUUACAAAACGAGAUGUGAAAGACAAUUUGAAGGCAAAGUGUAUUGGGCAGGAUGACACCUGAAAAUAUUUUUAGCAAGGACUGGUAUAAAAUUUUGGAUGCCAGUCCUUCUAGCAAUUUGCAAGAGUUAAAACAACAAUACCAAAAAAUGAUACUACUGACCUGUAUACAUCUCGUGUCACUAACUAUGUCAAAAGGAUCACCGCAGACUCAUCUCACCCUGCUCAUCACUUAUUCCAUAAACUCUCCUCUGUAUCACCCAGAUAAACAGAGCCCAGAUGUACCAUCAGGGGAAGCAGAGCAGCGUGUGCAGAGAUUCAUUGAAGUCGACCAGGCAUGGAAAAUUCUAGGGAAUGAAGAAACAAAGAAGGCAUACGAUUUACAGCGACAUGCUGCUGAAUUGAAACAGAGUUGGCCAGUUGACGCAUGUAUUUCAGUUGAAGAUAUGACAUGGGAUAACGAUUUACAGUCCUAUGUGUUUGAAUGUCGGUGUGGAGGAGAAUAUCAUCUUUACAACGAUGAAAUUGAAGAAAAUGAUACAGUAAUUUGCUGCAACACAUGUUCCCUUAGUAUAGAAGUUCAACAAAAUACUUGAUAUUUCUAUUAUGAUCCCUAUCAGCAACUUUUAAUUUGUAUUUUUAUUGAUACUUUUUAAAUACUUAAAAUAUAAAAUUUUAAUUCAUAUAAUGUGUAUUUACUUUGUACAGUGUUUUUUUUUUUUUGGUUGCUGUUUUUAAAGAGACUUUAUAAAUCUAUUCAUUUUCAUACCUACUUAGUCAAAAAAAAGCUAACGUAAUACUGAAGCCUCUCAGAGUGUUAUUGAUCACCAAGCAACAAUGGAGCCUUCAUGGAAUGCCAGUUCAGUCUACCCACCACAUAUUUUUGGGAUGCAAGUGGAGUGCUUGAACAAAUCCCUCAAUGGCACAAUUAAAAUAUGCAAAUCAAACAUAGACAGUAGGCAGGGCAGGAAUCAAAACUGAGCCUCUGAUGCACUAGGACAUCGGCUUUAAACAUUUAACCACUGUGCCACCCUAUGACUACUGUUAAUAAGAGGCUUUUAAAAUGUAAAAGGAACAUUAUUGCAUUAUUACAUGCAACACUGAGGUAAAUAUUACUUGAGAAAAUUACUAUAUAUAUAUAUAUAUGAGAAUUUGGAUUUGGCUCUGUAAUUUUUGAACAGGAAUGUACUAUAUCAAUAUACUGUAUAGUAUACUGAAGAAUAAAGUUCCAAAGUUGAA